AUGGUGUUGCAGAGGAGGCUAGACUAUGGGUUCAACGGUUAUCAAGUCCCCUUCCUGCCUCGUGGUCCAAGAUCGGCCAGGGUAUCUUCACACCCAUCCCAGGUACCGUUUUCUUGAGGUUAUGCGAAUUGAUUUUAAGUUUUUUUCCUCUUCAUUUUUAGGGCAAGCGCCAUACCUGCGAGAAAGCCGCCGAGGAUCAGAUGUGUCCAUUCGAAUUGCUGGCAUCUGUGGCGGGUAAACUAUUAGUGGAGGAAAAUUCUCCUGAACCAAGCAACGAAAGAAAAGGAGAUUCUAAACAUGCAUUUACCAAAUAUAAUGUCAAGGAGGAAGAACUGGAUGAAGUGAAGGCUUCGAAUGUUGGCGUUUAUGAUCAAGGGAGCUACAAUGACGGUACCUUGGCGUCUGAGGUUGGCUUCCGAGGCCAGACACGGAUCGUUACUAUGAAAGAAUGCUCGCAAGCCUCCAGUAGUGCCAGUUUGGGUCAUUCUUCGAUUAUCAUAAAGCGUGAUCCAUCUGUGGACGUAGCUUCUGUUGAGGAGUCCUUGGUUAAUGGAAGCAAGGACGAAUUUGAAAGACAAUCUACUGUUACAGCUGGAUCGCGUCAUAGCAAAGUGGAGGAUGGGAUCCCAUCCCCUCUUCGAUUUGAGUGUCGACAAAAUAAGAUGGGAGCGCAUGGAAAUGUCAGUGACGCGUGUUUGGAGGACCUGAUGAACGUGGAUACUAAAGCUCCUCUACUUAGCUCAGAGAGCUCUGCAGACGAGCCUUUACAUGGAGAUGGCAUUCCUCAUAGCACUUCCUUUCUCAAAUGUCUUAAUGACUUGGGUUUGUCUGUAGAUAGAGAUGAUGACGAAAAAUCGUCUGGCUGUACUCAGCCUUGUAACACUCCAUCAAAGCCCGCGAGGCCACCACGAACUGGAGACCGGCAUAAAUUGCAGUCUUUUUCGUCCAAAUUCUGGAAAUUUGGUCGAACAGAACCGAAAGAUGAAGACUUUUGCAACACAGGUUGUUGUUUAUUUCAUUUUUUCCGUCAUCAUUUCGCUUUUGGCAAUGAAGCUUUUCAAUUCCUGUACCAGUGAAGCAAACUUUUUGACUAAUUCACUUGACUGCUUUGACAGAUGAAGAAUUGAAGCCCGUCUUCCGCAGCAGAAAAAUGGUAUACACUCGGCAAAGGACUCAAAGAUGUACUUUCAAGCGUAGGAAGCUCUUUGAACGAGUCCCGGUAUCAAUGUCCGAUGGAACUCUCACCACUGAAGGUAUCUAUUCUUCAAUUGAAACGGGCAUCGAGGGAGAAUUAAACUGCUCGCCUGCAGAUGCCCAUUGAGGCUGUUCUUGUACACGUCCCCUUCCCUCCUCUCCUUCAAUGCCCUUUUUUGUUUUCUUAUCAUGCCUAAACUCGCGUCUUGAUCUUCCUAUUCUUCAGAAAAUGGGGCAUCCUCCUCUUUGACGGGCCUGAAGACGGCAUAUGAAUCAGAGGUUUUCCAGGGUAUGAUAGUCCACCGAGAUUAGUGUGACUCUGUGUCCUGGAAUUUAUCACAACUUUAUUUCCAGAGGAUUUGAAAAGCGAUGAAUUUCCUGUCACAGUAAAACUUGGCAUCAAGUCAUUCAAGGUUCCAGAGCUAUUAAUUAAGAUGCCUGAAACGGCGACUGUUGGCUCUUUAAAGGCAUGAUCUCCACCCCUUGCCAGCUUCCAGUUAUGCUGUUUCAUGAAAUUUAUCGUUUUCGGACGAAGAAAAAUACCUUAAUACUGUUUGAAUCUCUGGUAUGCUGUGGAAUAGGGAGGCAAAUAAUCAGAUCAUGUUACCUAGAGAUGCUAUCAAAGUUGACAGCUUACCAACUUUAUGAAAGUGCACCUCUCGAAAAACCCUUCUCUGUGAACACAGCUUUGUGAUGACGAUACAUGCGGCCAGAUUUGACCUUUUCCGGGGAAAAAUUGCUUUCUAGCGGAGCCCAUCUCUGUUCCGACAAUAUUUAUCGUACUUUAUGAUGCUUGACGAAAAUUUUCUUCUUGUUCUACGGUUCGUUUGCUCUCAACCUCGAUCGUUGCCCCCCUCAUCUUUCUUCGAACCCGCGCUUCAGAGUAUGCAUGACUUCUAAACUGUCGCCCUUCUCCCUCUUCUCCAUUUUUUUACUCUGCAGAGGACGGUGGUCGAAGCGGUCACCGCCAUACUUUGCGGCGGCUUCCGAGUAGGGGUUCAGCUCCAAGGGAAGAAGCUCCGUGAUGACAGCAAAUCCCUGACCCAAGCUGGCAUUUCUCACGGAGGUGGUCUGGAUAAUCUCAGUUUCACUCUGGAGCCCAAAGCUCCGCAGACUCUCAAGCAGCUGACUGCUAACAAAGUGACCACCUGCUUCCUCCCUGCCUGUGACGGAUCUGACCCUCCGACAAGGUGAGAAGAUUACUUGAUUUACAUCGAAUUCUCUUAAAAACCAGAUUUUUUUUGUCGGCGUAGCUCAGAGUACUUCCACUCUGAGAAAUUGGCCUUCUCUGCCUCAGGUUCCCCGCAGCUCGUUCUUUAGACGACGCUGCGUUUGCUGACAGUUGUACAGUCCCUCUUCACCUCGGAAAGUCUUCCUUGUACUGUUUGGAGAGCGACCAUGACUCUGCUCCCUCACCUGCCCACGCCAUGUCGGCAGAAGACACCCCCGGCUCCAGAGCUCUGGCCAUCGUCCCGGCCAUGGAGAUCGAAGCCCUGGCCGUCGUUCCGUAUCACCGGCGCAGCGAGACUGCCCCCCGGCGCAUACGGAGGCCCUUCUCGGUCUCAGAGGUGGAAGCCCUCGUCCAGGCCGUCGAAGAUCUCGGAACCGGAAGGUGAGCCCUUCCCCUCCAUAUGGUCUUUCUCCCGCACCGCCGCCUGUUCACUGUUUCGUGAGUUUCCUGUAACUUUCUGUCACGUCCAUGAUCCUUCUUCCGCCAAGAUUUCUGCGCCUGUAACAUCAAUCACUGAUAACCCAUUCAUUCAUUCACUGGACCACCCUGCAGGUGGCGCGACGUCAAGCUCUGCGCCUUCGAGAACGCAAAGCACCGCACCUACGUCGACCUCAAGGUGAGAAACCCCUUCUCUCUCACCUUCUCGACCUUUCAUCAUUCAACUACGCGUAACCUUUUUCGAUAGCUUCUGUCGCUGCACUCCCUACUGAAAGAGAGGGUGGUGAUGUGACUGGUACAUUUCCUGGCGUGUUGGGCUCUCCUCGACCUUCCUCCGCCGGCGAUCUCCAUCGUAGGUAGACUUGCGGCCGGCGGUGCGUUGAAUAUGACGGGUUGUGCACCGCGCAGGACAAGUGGAAGACGCUGGUUCACACGGCGAAGAUCUCCCCGCAGCAGCGGCGAGGAGAACCGGUCCCGCAGGAGCUCCUUGACCGUGUGCUCGCCAUCAACGCCUUCUGGUCGCAGCACCAGGCCAAGCUCCACCACCCCAAGCACCCCCCACCGCCGGAGGCACCGCCGCCGCCGCCGCCGCCGCCGUCGCUGCUCGCCUGA